AUGGUCACACUUCCACAGGUCCAUUUGUCCAAUGACACCAUCACAGCGUCUCUACCCAAUUUGGUUGCUGUCUUUGUCGGCGCAACCAGCGGCAUUGGUGAAGCUGCCCUGAAGGAAUUUGUCCGAAAACCAACGCAACCAAAAUGUUAUCUUGUUGGAAGAUCAGAGCAAUUUGCAAAUCGCAUCAUUGAAGAGUGUAAAUCAUUCAAGAAGAUGUCAGUCUGGUUAGCGGGGGCUGACAGGUUAUGCGAAAAGAUCAAGAGCAUGGAAGAUACCAUCAACAUUCUCUUCUUAUCAGCCGGGGCUGCAAUAUUCGACCGUAGCAACACAUCUGAAGGUCUACACGCCCUCUCGGCACUUGCCUUCUAUACACGUCUGCGCAUCACCCAACUCCUGCUCCCCCUUCUCGAAUGCUCUACAGCUCCUCUCGGGUGA